GAGAGAGAGAGAGAGAGAGAGAGAGAGAGAGAGAGAUGUCAGGGGGUGUUGUUGAAGGCAAGGAACACAAAGAUGGAGAAGAGAACAUGGCUGCUUGGCUUGUUGGCAUCAAAACUCUUAAAAUUGAACCUUAUCAUCUCCCUCCUCUUGGUCCCCAUGAUGUUAAAGUUCAGAUAAAGGCGCUUGGUAUUUGUGGAAGUGAUGUUCACCACUUCAAGAAUAUGAGAUGUGCAAAUUUUAUUGUCAAGAAGCCCAUGGUUAUAGGGCAUGAGUGUGCUGGGAUCGUAGAGGAAGUUGGAAGCCAAGUGAAGACACUAGCAGUGGGAGACCGUGUAGCUUUAGAGCCUGGAAUCAGUUGCCGGCGAUGCAACCACUGCAAAGAUGGUCGCUACAAUCUUUGCCCUGAGAUGAAGUUUUUUGGUUCUCCCCCAACUAAUGGCUCUCUGGCCAAUAAGGUGGUGCAUCCAGAAUAUCUAUGUUUUAAAUUACCAGACAAUGUCAGCUUGGAGGAAGGAGCAAUGUGUGAACCCCUCAGUGUUGGUGUUCAUGCCUGUCGUCGUGCAAAUAUCAGUCCUGAGACAAAUGUAUUGAUUAUGGGAGCAGGACCAAUAGGCCUUGUUGUCUUAUUAGCUGCUCGUGCUUUUGGAGCACCUAGAAUUGUCAUUGUUGAUGUUGAUGAUUGCCGUUUAUCUAUUGCAAAGAAUCUUGGUGCAGAUGAGACCAUUCAAGUUUCAAUGAACAUUCAGGAUGUAGGUGAAGAAGUGGUAAAAAUACAAAGUGCUAUGGGCUCUGGCAUUGAUGUCAGCUUUGAUUGUGUUGGUUUGAACAAAACCAUGUCAACAGCUUUGAAUGCCACUCGUUCAGGUGGAAAAGUUUGCCUUAUUGGAUUGGCUCAGAGUGAGACAACAGUUCCUCUUACCGCAGCAGCUGUCAGGGAGGUCGAUGUGAUUGGAGUAUUCCGAUAUAGGAAUACAUGGCCACUCUGCAUUGAGCUUUUAAAGACAGGCAAGAUCGAUGUUAAGCCCUUGAUAACUCACAGGUUUGCAUUCUCACAAAAGGGGGUAGAAGAUGCAUUUGAAACCAGUGCCAGUGGACGUAGUGCUAUUAAGGUCAUGUUUAAUCUGUAGACGCACUGUCGCAGGUCUUGUGAUGCAUCUAAGAUUCUGUGUGAGCUGACUUCUUGCUUCUUUCUUUGGUAUGAUCCAUCUUGUAUUAGCUAAGAAGAAUAACAUAUCAGGAGUAUGGCAAAAGGAAGCCAUUGCAAAAUAAUGAAGACACGGUAAUAUAGUAUUCAAGAUUCAAUAAACCAAAAAAAUUAGUACUUUG